AUGGAGGCCAUUGCGCAGAAUGUACAAAUUCUGCCCGAGAAGACCUUAAAAGACAUCGCCAAGGGUCCAUUGGUCAAAUUUACAUCAACAUGCACUGAUGAAGGUUCAAUCAAUCGAGUUUGGCAGUCGCUGCUUGGGACACUUUCAACGCCAGCUCUUCCCCUCCAGCAAACAUCGGCGGCAUGCAAUGCGACCUCUGCUUUCCUUGAUGCGGCUGUAGAGUCGCCUAUUGAGCAUACCAGACAGCUUGCUUUAUCUCCACAAGUAUGGCUGGCCGUCUUCGAUGCCUUUAUCGCUAGGUAUGGUGAUGUUAAGCCAAAGCCAUUGAAGCAACUUUUGAGCUCUAUCAUGGCUAUUUUUGUCAAUAAACACCACGGAGAAACCAAAGCUUUGAUAAAGACAGCGGUUCUGAACGCUAUUCUCCCGUGUACUAUUCUUGGCGAGGCUCGGUCUCGGCAGAAGGGCUCGCUCGUGGUUCUCGAGAUGUUCAUUCGAAAGGAAGCCAUCCCACCCUCUGAACUGAUUGCAGUGACUCGAAACUGGCUUUUGACAUGCCAGGACAAAUGGGUUACCCUUUUUAAAAAGGAUUACCAAGUUAUGUAUCCAGGAACAUCUGAUCCUGCUGUAAUGGCUGCCGAGCCGUCGGACGAAGUAGCAGGCCGAGUAUUUGUCCAUGGUCUGUUAACCCAAACUAUCGAUCGUGGAAUGUCCGGCACAUCAGGAGGCAUCCUUGCUUCUUUAGUUGAAAAACUCAAAGCAGAAAAGCCAGAGCAACCAUUGUCAUGGAUUUGGGUAUACCCUGCUAGAAAUAUACUUCUGCAAAAUCUCGAUACCGUGCAUACUCUUGCGAUUCAAAUUGUUCAACCACUUUUCACUCUUGAUCCAAUUGGAUUCACCUCUUUCGUUCAAACUCUUCCUUUGAACAGCCUCAUGGCUGGUGAUAUGGUCGAUGCAGCGCAGUCCGAAUACAUGCUGCUUUUCGUCUCUCUCCAAGUUGGAAAGCAGGCCAACCUGGUACACGAUGACUAUGAUGGAUCCAAGGAACCUAACCCUUACAGUCUGGUAUUGAAAAGCGAUCUUAUUGGGAAAUUUUUGUUGCAUCGAGAUCAGACCAUUCGAGUGGCUGCCUUGGCUCUUUUAGUCACAGCGUUCUCCACUAUGAAACCUUUCACAAAGGCCGCCACUGAAGCAAUUCUUCAAGGUCUUCCAUCUAUUCAUGCAGACUGCAAUGCCCAUAGCAGAGGAGAGAUUAUGGGUCUUACCAGAAAGUUUAUCACCCGUCUUAAAAGUGGCAUUCUGACUGAUGGCGAAAUUCUGAAGGUGUUGCAAGGAAAAGGUAGCGUCCGACCUUCCAGCCUAUCUCAGAGCGAGUCUGAGACGAAAGAAUUCCUCAGGUCCUAUCUCAACUUCGUUCAUGGAGACCUUUGUGUCACAGCAUCAUACCCUCGUCACAUUGCUGCAUUGAAAUCUCUGAAACUACUUCUGGAAUCUGGUCUUGACCCUCGGACUGAUGUCAAGCCUCCAAAAGCUGAAGCCCAGGCAACCUGGAAGCUCAAGUUUGAUAUAUUCAGUCCUCGUCUUCUUAGACUACUUGUCGAUCUUCUCUUGGAUCCAUUUGAAGAGGUUCGACACACUUCUCUCCUAUUGCUCAACCUCUUUCCCUCGGAAAUACUCACUGGUGAUACGGUAGCUGGCACGAACCAGCAGAACUCAACGAAUAUGAGCGUUCUGAAUGCAUUGGACAGAGCAGAGAGUAUUGCCAGCAAUACAAGCAGAGCGGAUCAUGCGGACACAGUCGCGCGCCUCUACCAUAUAGUGUUCUCUGCGGCUCAGUCUGGUCAUUCUACUGCGGCUAAUAUGAACUGGUGGACAACCAAAUACUCUGUUGUAAACAUUAUUCUUGAUCGACUUGAAGAACGAGUGUCCUCAUCAAAGGGUCUAUUUGGCUCGACCAUGCAGCAGGCGCCUCUUCAUGGAUAUAUGUCUGGAUUAAGAUACAUCGUUCUUUCUCCUAAUUUCCAUGCCUACAUCUCAACAGAAAUUGACGCAGCUGCCUGGAAUAAGGUUCAUGAUAGAAUAUAUGCCAUUUGCGAGAAGGUUUGGCAAGAAGUGAAGCCUUUUCUUUGCAUCGACUCACCAGAAGGCCACACCGAUGAUCCCAUUGAAGAUCUCACAGUCGGACCGAAAGACAUGCUUUCUUAUGCCUGGAGAUCUUUACGAGAAUCGAGUUUGCUGUUACAUGCUACCAUGGCCAACAUCAGCUAUGGGCCAUCCGACAAGCAAGGUCUUCAACGUUCUGACUUCGAAAAGAUCGGUCGACUCAGCUUCACUCAAUUGGCGGAACUUCGUCAUAGAGGUGCCUUUUCAACUGUAUCCAUGACUUUUGCAACCUGCUGCCAAAGAUGCAGUACCUCCGCCGACCCGUCUAUCAAAGAACUUCCAGUUGCUUGGUACCAGGAUGCCAAGGCUACCAUGUUUGAGUAUGCAGCAAAACUCACUCGUAGAUCAGCUGGUCUGCCUGCUCUGGUAACUGGUGUUCUAUGCUCCUGUCCAGGGACACCGUUCUUCAAGCAAGUCAUGAGUGAGCUUAUUGAAAUCUCUCACCUCCCAACAGACUACGAUAAAGACCAGCAAUACCUCAAACUUCCUCAAGUCCAUAUGAUGAACUGCCUAAAGGACAUUUUCGAUAACAAUAAGCUUGGGCCAUAUGCAGAUUCGUUUAUAAUGCCGGCACUCACGCUUUCAGCGGAGAGAUUGGGUUCACCAAUCUGGAAUCUUCGAAACUCGGGACUGAUGCUUUUCCGUGCCUUGCUUCAACGAAUAUGCCGUUCUAGCGUAGGAGCAGGAGCCGGAUUUGGUGGCAUAUCUGGAGCUGAACCAGGCGCGAAGAUCUCCUUUUCCAAAUAUCCCGGUUUAUUGGAAUUGUUAUCAAACCUUCUGGCACCGACUGCAGGCACGACGGUCGAGGGAACCGAUAUUGUGACUGAGCGCAUUUUCCCAGCUCUUGAGCUGAUUGGAGAGAAGAUCCCAACAUUUGAUGAUGAUGAAUACGAUACCACACUCCUUGGUUUAGUUUUUGAGCACUUCAAGAGUCCAGUUUGGGCCAUAAGAGAGCAUGCGGCCAGGGUUUAUGCGUCAUUGUUAACUCGCAACAAUAUUCUCAAGGACGUAUCCGAUCUAUUGAGCCCUCUCAAGCCCGGAACAUCGGAAAAUUAUCUGCAUGGAACGGCUCUGUGUGCUUUAUACUCGCUUCGCCGCUUCGCUGACUCCACGGAUGCGUUCUGGGCAUCUAACAUUCAUGAUACCCUUAUCACUGUUCGUCAAAUCCUAUCAACGAUUUUCUCUCUCGCUAGAUCUCCCCUUGUUGCAACUGUACUUGUCGAGAUUUUGAACGAUACUUUGCUCAGGAGUAUCAACGCGGGGAUUAAUGACCAGGCGUCUCUCUUCCUGUCCAAUGUUUGGGAUGAGAAUGAUAUUCACGGAAUAACAAGCUACGUAUUUGACUCCUCGCGACCAGGGUGGAAUCUCGAAAGCCGCACUAGAGCAUCUUCGCUUCUCCGAAGAGACCUUGCCUGGUGCAAAGUCUUGACACUUCUUGCAUCCGGUGAAUGGAAUGAAAUCUCAACCUUCAUUCAUGGAGUGGCGAGCUUCGAUGCUGAUGCUGCCUAUUGGAUUCUUGAACAACUUGAUGAAAGGCUUGGAGAGAAGGAGAAGUAUCGGAAGCCUUUACUUGAUCUCUACUCUGCUAUCAUCCUGGGAGAUUAUUCCGCCGACGUAAAAACAAUUGCCGCAUCAAACCUCUCAUCUUCCGUUGGUCAUUUGCUCUCAUCUCGAUACGAGUACAUCGCAGAACUGGCGCUUCCUUGUCAUGAUUUAAUCCAGAUGUUCAAACCUGAUCUCGAUAUCCAAACUUGGAAUCGACAGGCCACUGACGCCGAGCUGCGUCUUCAAGGAUGUUUACUUGGAGUCCAGUUUGCUUUGGUUGGAGGACAAGACUUGUUACCAUUCAAGUCAACCCUCUAUCGUUGGACUGUGAAAUUGCGGUCGGCACUUAGCGAAGAGACUGAGUUUACAACGCGAUACUCUGCUGCAGUCUCCAUCCAAAGCUUUUCUCGUGGUCUUCGUCCGACUGACAGCCCGCCACGAGUCGAUCACUCGCUGCUAGAUGCUUACUUGAUUCUGUACGACAUGCUGAACGAUGAUGACGACGAGAUUCGCGAUGUAGCUGCAUCGACAGCGUCAUGGAUUUUAUCAUAUUCAUCUGUAUCACCUCGAACGGCCGUUGCGCUUGGACCCUUGAAUGCCAGCUCACUUCUUGCAACAUUCAUUGCCGACAAUUAUUCAGAUUCUCCCCAGCUCGCUCGAAGAGCUAUCAGAUAUCUUGCAGGACAGCAACCGCGUACCAGUGAACUGGACAAGCCCGAGAGCACUGUUUUGUUCGUGGAAGAAAAGCAGAAUCUAUUCGUGGAUGAAGUGAGGGAAGCUGAUAUAUGGUCCAAAUCUCUCUUGCGUCUUCGUCCAAGUGCCUAUCCAGAAACUGCGAUGGGUAAUUUCUUGAAUUGGGUCUCAGAGGGUUUGGCCUAUCUGGCAAAUCUCGCUUCGCAAGACGCUGGCCGAGAUGGACUUCUAGGAUGGACUUCAAAGCCGGAAUGUUUCACUUUGGGAGUCCGUAUCAUUAGUAUCUCCUGCGCACUUGGAAAUAUGAUGAUUGCUUUGAUGAUUGGUAUCCUGUUGGUUGUGGCUCUUGUGGGAUGGAUUGGCUACUGCUGGUACCGACGUCGUGUCAAUUUCGAUGUGAUGCUCAGUCGAGCCCACGCAAAGGUUAACGCCAACGUUGUUCGCGACAGGGAACGUGCUGGGCAUCCGGGACGUGACAUUGAACUAGGGCUUCCACUACAACUGCCCAAUACGAAAUGGACAGGAGGAGAGAAGACGAGAGGGAUCAACCAAGACAAAAUCAACGAAAUCCAGACAAACAAUCUUCGCGUAAUCAAUCGCAACGAGUUCGGGAAAAUGAAAAUCACGAGAAGCAGGUUGCGCGGACUGGGGGAGAAUGGCGAUUCACCCGGCAGACAAAGUCACUUUGAGCAACAGAACAACAAUAGCCACCAAAACGGAGGAAAUGGCAAAAGUUCGCGCAGCAAAGGAAGCAACGCUGCACGCCGUAACAACCAUGAGCAAGGAGACGAGCGACAUGGUAAUACAGCCAACGAUGAGGACAACAAGCAAUGGGGUGACAACAAGCAAUGGGAGGAAGUCAGGCAAUGGGGUGACAACAAGCAAUGGGAUGACAACAAGCAAUGGGAUGACAACAAGCAAAGGGAUGACAACAAGCAAUGGGAUGACAACAAGCAAUGGGAUAAUAACGACAAUGGCAAUGGCAAUGGCAAUGGCAAUGAUAGCACUCGAAACGAUAAUUCAGGUAAUGCAAACCAGGUCUGGGAAACUGCCGUUUCGGUUUCGCAGAAGCAUUGUCAUAAUCCAUCUCCCCCGCGUGAUGACCAAGAUGGAUACAGUAAGAACAGCGAAGGAGGAAGCUAUCAUCAAAACAACAAUUAUGAAAACAGGGACUUGUCUCGGCGCAACCGAAAAGACAAUAAUGGCCAUGGGUCGAGGUACAAUAAUUCACAGUCUCGCUCUGCCAGGCCCCAGGUGUUCGAAGAUGGUCACCAACACAGUGGAGGCUCUCGAAAAGCAGGAAACCAAGCCGGAACAAACCGUGACCCAGAGAUUGCGGGCCCUGACUGA